AUGAAAGAGUAUCAGAAAAUAGUGAGGGGUAUCUCUCAAUCAGAGCGAGGAGGUCAUCCCGAGCUGAGGGUGGCAAGUCCGAAAGCUUCUCCGAGAGACAUCGUAGGGCUUCUGGAGUCCGUGGAUGUCCGGAUACAUAUGAAAGGGAACAGCCCCUUGCCCGCUACGAGAAUGGGUUGUGCAGUGAUCACUAGAUCACUCUUUAUUUUAAUCUCUCUCAUUGGUGUCUGGAGAGUGACACUGCUAAAAAAAAAGGAUGAGCUGUACUGGCUUCUCAAUAUCCUUUUUCUCCCCCUCAUAGUGGAUCUGAUUUUAACUUUGAGAAGGAGAAAAGGGAAGAACUAUUAGUGGUUCUCUCCUUCAGUCUUCCUGUUCCUUGUCAGUAAUAUACCCACCAUUUGGGUUCUUGAUCUCCAUCACUUUGAACUGCAUCAACAGCAAACUCAGUCCACUGCUGAGAAGUGUAGUAGCCUUGAUUCAACAGAGAGCAUCAAGGACAUUUUUAAUAAGUUGACCAACUCAUCAAAUGGAAAUGGAAAUGGAACACUGGAUCCUUCAUUCAAGGACCUUAACAAAAAUGAUAACCAAGAGUUGGUCUACAUAAUUCUGUCCGUAUGGACAUGGAGUAUGUUACAGUUCCCCUUUCACCUCACAGUGGUGAAGUCAAAAGCAAAAGAUGAGAGAGAGAGUGAUUCUCUUCUCUCCAAACACAGAACAGACUUCUGGAGUGUUGCCGAGGCUCUGUUCAUUCAGGAUGGCCCAUUUUUAUUCGUCCGGUUGAGUCUCAUGAUCCGUUUUCAAAUUUUCCAUCAAAUGCUGGUCUGCUUUACCAUCAAAAACUUCAUAGUGGUAGCCCUAAACGUGUACCGGCUGUGGGUAAUUUUUUGGGACUCAAGAUGA